AUGGAGCAAUGGUUGAAAUCAGAGCAGGUGAAGAGCUACAUUAAUGCAUGCCAUCAAAGACAGGAGAAUCAUGCAUUCGAAAAGGCAAGGUGUAAGGAGUACUUUGCUGAACUAUUCUAUCAAGAUGCUCAAAAGGGGCUUAUGGAAUGCCCCCCGGCCUUGUGGGUUCUGGCGAUCUUCUGUCGAUUUCUGUUCGCCUCACUGCGGAAACCGGCCCUUGACCUUAUGGAAAGUGGCGGUCACUGGAACUGGCCCUACUGGCUCGGAGAACUUUUUUGCUGCGGUGGCAUGGUGCUGCAACUGGCCAUUGCCAAAAACCCGCAACUGAGUACCACUAAAGCCCGUGUCACUAUAUUGGUAAGUACCUUUGUCUCUCACACGAUGGACGCUAUUGCAGCAUGCUACCUUGGAUCCAGGGAAAACGACGCCUUUCUUAACGGCGUAGCUUACGUCUCAAGGAUUGGUUGUGAGUUUUUCAUUAUGAUCAUAGGCUGCUGGGCUACGCUACAUACCAUACAGCCACAGGAAGUGGACCAAGCCGGAUGCUUGGAGACGUGGGAUCAACUUCCCGCUGAAUACAAAUAUUGGGCCGAAAGCUCUCUCAGUAACUACCGCGACGAGCAAAAUUGCCAAGGAACCCUCCGACGCAGCAGCAGACAACGCGUACAAGCUAAGGCGAGAGCUUCUCCAGUUGACAAUACCAAACCCGUAUAA